AACCGAAAACAAAAUCCAAGGAAACAAGUUCAUGGCUGGAGGGGGGCAGAAAAAAAGCCAUGAUUCAACUCGCAGGGGAGCUUUUUCGGAAAAUGGGUGAAGAUUUCGAUAGCAUUGCGAAAGAUUAUACAGCUUCUCUUGAUUCAUUUAUUUCCCAGUUGCCCCUGCAGCAACACGUUGAUUUGAAGUUCCUUCUCUUCCGUUUGGACUUCACUGAAUACUACAACCGCGUUUCAUGCAACAGAUGAAAUGAGUUGUCCUUCUGAUGUGGAAGAAAAUAGGUGUUAGUUUACUUUUAGGUUGAGGAUGUUGGGCACCAUGGAGUCACAGAUGGAUCAAUACGAGAUUAUGGAGCAGAUUGGCCGCGGCGCCUUUGGUGCCGCCAUUCUGGUGAACCACAAGACCGAGAAGAAAAAGUAUGUGCUGAAGAAAAUACGGCUCACGAGGCAGACAGAGCGCUGCUGCAAGUAUGCUCAUCAAGAGAUGACCCUUAUUGCUCGCCUUCAACAUCCUUACACGGUCGAAUUCAAGGAGGCAUGGGUUGAGAAGGUUUCUUGUCAUUUCUUCAAAUUCAAUCGUGUGCGGUGCGUUUUAGUUCAUCAUCCAUGUCCUUUGAUACAACCAAACAAGAGCCUUAUAUUGAUAAAUUAUUAGAAUGCUUUGGACAGACGAAUUAUUCCUCCUAAGCAUGUCCUUUGACUUCAAUCUACCUGUUCUCUAUUUAUGAGAAUGCCCUGCACGGA